ACGGAGCACUUGUUCGAUAAUCAUCACAACAAUCAUAGUUAUUAACAAAUUUUAAGUGUUUACAUAGUUUAAAUUAUUUAUUUGUAUGAAUGACAAUACAAAUUUAGUCCACUGUUAUGUUUCACAAUUAAUAUUUGUUUUCAAUUGUUAACAUGAACAUAAUCUACAUGCAUGUCGUGUAAAAAGUAAUAAUGUCGACUUUUCCAUCAAUUUUGGAAAACAUUCUUACGUCAAAAGAUAAACAUGUCACUCACCAUGAUUACCUUAUUGCUUUGAGUAUGAUCAUUAUGAAAGAAAAUGGUUAUGAUAUCCAAAAAGCUCAUAAUAGAGGUGACUUCGCAGAGUUGGAUCCAAGUCAAUGGAUUAUUGAUGGUGCUUAUCAAAUAAAGUUUAAACAUCUCAAUACACCAGAAUUAAACUGCAUAUUAGAUGCCAUUCUUGUCGGCGAUGUUAUGAUAUUAAAUUUGACAUCAGAAGACGAAUCAAUCAAAACAAGAAGUCUAGCAGUGGAAACCUUAGAAUAUAUCAAUGUGUAUGCCAGUAAUUUUGAUUGUCGUUUUAUGAAUUUGAAAAAAUUUACUUGCAAGUUCAGAAAUUUAUUAACAACACCAAUCAGAGAUGAAGUGUUGAAUAAACUAGGGGUAAUGAAUCCUAGUCUUUUGGGACUUCCAAAUGAAUUAAAAUUGAAAAUCAUUAGCUUCUUACCAGCUAAAGACCAACGAAACCUUCGAAGAUGUUGCAAAACAUUCUACAAUUUAUAAUAUAUAUUUUGAUACAUUUGACAUCAUUGACUGAUUG